CGCCUGUUCGGUUCCUGGUUUAUGAAUAUUUUACCCACAAACCAAAUGCGGCCGGUCGGUCGGUCGCCAAAAGAAAGAGAAAGAGAUUCCAAUCAAAUCAACAGAAAAUCGAUCACCAACUGGUGCUUCAAUUCUCUUUCCCUCAACUCCAAAAGAGAAAGAGAGAGAUGAUUCGAGAGCAAGCAAUUCCUUAUACUCUUCUCUAUCGAUCUGAGAGAGUCUGGGUCUCAGGGUAUCGUUAUCUUUUCAUUAUUUAUUAUUAUUUCCUUUUAUUUUCUUUCGGAAAACUCGAUUCUUUACGAGCCCUAUCCAGUCCAUCUCAUCGCUCCCUAUCAGGGAUAGGGUUCUCACUCUACAAAAGCUACGUCGAUUCUUUGAGGUUUUUGCAAGUUUUUCCUUUCAUAUGUUGAUCGACUCAGCAUCAAUGGAUUUUGUCCAACUAGAGGCGAUCGAAGGCCUUCGAUGGUCUUGGAAUUCAUGGCCGGCUUCGAAAUCCGAGGCUUCAGCAAUGGUAAUCCCUUUGAGCGUGAUGUAUACUCCAUUGAUGGAAUUCAGCGAGCUUCCAUUGCUUCCUUACGACCCUCUAAUGUGCAGUUGCUGCGGCGCUGUUUUGAACCCUUACGCGCGCGUCGAUUACCAGUCGCGGCUCUGGGUUUGCCCCUUCUGUUACCGGAACAACCCGUUUCCUCGUUCUUAUGUUGGGAUUGGAGAGAACAAUAUUCCUACAGAACUUUUUCCGACUUACAGCACCGUUGAGUAUCAUCACGGACAGAAAAGCUCAGGCCUUGGUUCAAAUCUAAACUCGAACCCGACAUGGGGUGGAAACAGUUUAUCCUCGUCGUCCUUAUCAUCUUUGACGUCGUCUUCUUCUUCUUUAGUUUCUUCAUUUUCUUCGUCUCCAUUGCCUGCUAUGGAUUCGCAGGGCAUUGGGCCUGGAUUUGUUUUUGUCGUGGACACUUGUUGUCCGGAGGAGGAGCUACGGGCACUUAAGAGUGAGCUGUUACUUAUUCUGGCACAAUUGCCGGAGAACGCAUUGGUUGGACUGGUAACUUUCGACUCCAUGGUUAGUGUACAUGACCUUGGUUUUGUGGAGUGUUCGAAGGUUGUAAUGUUUCAUGGUGAGCGGGAACUGUCAUCAGAUCAGAUCCAAGAUUUAUUGGGCAUUUCUCGUUCUAAACAUCAGCGGCUUGGAAAGGCAUCAACCAUCCACAAGCAGGGUUUUUUGCUUCCAGUUUCAGAAUGUGAAUUCAGCAUCACUACUGAAAUAGAAGAGAUGCACUCCACCAUGCAGGCUUUGCCUGGUCAUCGUCCCAAAAGAGCCACUGGAGCAGCUAUAUCAACUUCAGUUGGACUUCUAGAGGGAUGCUUAUCUAGUACAGGUUCCAGGGUCAUGGUUUUCACAUCGGGGCCUGCUACUCUGGGCCCUGGGAUAGUUGUAGAUACUGAUUUUAAUAAUGCCAUACGAACACAUCAGGACCUUAUUAAUGGUCAUGCUCUUUACUACAGAAAAUCUUGCAACUUCUACAAACGGUUGACACAGAGGGUAUGUGAUGCAUCUAUUGUUCUCGAUUUGUUUGCUUGUUCUCUUGAUCAGGUUGGGGCUGCAGAGUUGAAAGCCCCAGUUGAAAGCUCAGGAGGCUUCAUGAUGCUGGGGGAGUCAUUUGAGUCAGAUGAGUUUAAGAAAGGUCUACGACGUAUUUUUAGCCAUGAUGCUGAUGGCCACCUCAAGAUGUAUUUUGAUACGACAAUUGAGAUAAUAACCACAAAAGAGGUAAUGAUCUGUGGGGCUCUCGGUCCCUGUGUAUCUCUCAGGAAAAAGAAUAGUUUGGUGAGUGAGAAUGAAAUUGGGCAGGGUGGUACCAAUUUGUGGAAGCUAGGGACACUUACAAACAAGACAUGCAUUUCUUUUUUCUUCGAAGUAGGUAAUGAUCAGAAAAUCCAGGUGGGGUCUGCAUUCUUCAUACAGUUCAUAACACGUUACCGGCACAGGAACAUGCAAAUCCGACAAAGGGUGACAACUGCAGCAAGAAGAUGGGUUGGAAAGAGCUCACUAGAGAUUGGUUCUGGGUUUGAUCAAGACACUGCUGCCACAGUUAUGGCCAGACUUGCUAUCCAUCGGGCUGAGAGAUUUUAUGCCCGAGAUGUUAUAAGGUGGCUGGAUAAUAAGCUGAUUAAAUUUACUUCCAAGUUCGGAGACUAUGUGGCUGAAGACCCAUCAUCGUUCCGUCUGCCAUCCAACUUCUCCCUCUAUCCUCAAUUUAUGUAUUAUUUAAGGAGAUCACAGUUUAUUGAAGUCUUUAAUAGCAGCCCUGAUGAGACUGCCUUUUUCCGGCAGAUGCUGAACCGGGAAGGAGUAGUAGGUUCCCUGAUUAUGAUCCAGCCCAAACUUUUACGGUAUUCAUUUAAUGGGCCCCCAGUUCCGGUCCUCCUUGAUGUUAGUUCUAUCUCACCAGACGUUAUUUUGCUUUUCGAUUCUUACUUCUAUGUGGUCAUUCAUUAUGGCUCGAAGAUUGCACAGUGGAGGAAGAAAGGUUUUGACAAGGAUCCAAACCAUGAAAACCUGAGAAAUCUGUUGGAGGUGGCAGAAAUUGACGCGAAACAGCUGGUGGCUGAACGCAUUCCGGUGCCCAAGCUUAUUAAGUGUGACCAAUAUAGUAGUCAGGCAAGAUUUCUGCUUGCUAGGUUGAACCCGUCAGUUACUCAAAAUUCCGUUUAUAAAGAAAGCUCGGAUAUCAUAUUUACAGAUGAUGUGAGCUUACAAUUUUUUAUAGAUCAUUUACAGACCUUGGCCGUACAAGGCUGAUGCAUAGGUUAUUUUUUCGUUUCAUAGAUUAUUUUAUAGAUCACAGGGAAUUCCUUCUCUUUUUUCGUUUCCUUAUACAAAGAAUAUACGAGAUCUAUAAUUAUAUCUUUCAAAAAUUUAGGUC